AUCUGUUGCGGAAGGAAAGAGAAGCUUAACGGCGGGAAAAAAAAGAAGAAAAAGCGGCGAAAAGCAAAGAAAAACCACCAAACCAAAAGCAAACUCUCUCAUCUUUAAUUCAUUUUUUAAUUUUUAAUUAUAGCUCCUAAAAGCAAAGCAAACAAACGCCCAAUAAUCCCUCUCUGUUUUUUCUUCCUUUAUUUUUUUUUCUCUGAAUCGAGAGAAACCGAAAACUAAAAGUGAAUGAAACCGGUUUCUACAAGAAACAGUGUUUUUAGUGUUGGCUCGUAACUAGAUCUGCGUCUUCUUCGUCAUUGCUCGGUUCUUCUUCUUCUCUCUCAGGUAUAGUUCGUAGGCAUUUUCCUUUCCGUGUGGAAUCUGCUGAAUGCGUAUGCACAAUCGAUGAUUUUGAUGUUUGUUUGCUGAGAAAAUUAGGAGAGAAAGUUAAGCAAAGUUUAGACGCUUACUUCGAGUACAGGAAUGGCAUAGGAGAUCUUAAGGGAAUGACACCUAUUUCUUUCCAUUCAUGCUCUGCGUAGCACUGUGGUGUAGAAGAAGAAAUGGAAUCUGGGGAAAGCAACAGUGGUAACGCGAGGCGAAUCAUAUCCAAGGAUUCUUCAUGGUGCAGUCAAUUCCGAAAUGCAUCUAAUCCUUGGAUGGCAAGAUAUGCCUAUGCCUUGAUUUUUCUUGUGGCCAAUCUUUUAGCAUGGGCUGCCCGGGAUUAUGGUCGUGGUGCUUUAACAGAAAUGAAGAGAUUAAAAGGAUGCAAUGGUGGAAAAGACUGUUUGGAUGCUGAAGGUGUUUUGCGUGUGAGCUUGGGUUGCUUUAUAUUUUAUAUCAUAAUGUUUUUGUCAACUGCUCGCACUUCUAAACUGAACAACGUGAGGGAUACAUGGCACUCUGGAUGGUGGUCAGUCAAGAUUGCUCUCUGGGUCGUCACGACUGUCAUCCCAUUUCUACUCCCUUCUGAAUUUAUCCAGAUUUACGGGGAGGUGGCUCAUUUUGGUGCAGGGGUUUUCCUCCUAAUUCAACUAAUAAGCAUAAUUAGCUUCAUUACAUGGCUGAAUGAAUGCUGCGAGUCUGAAAAAUAUCCAGCAAGUUGCCAAAUCCAUGUGAUGUUGUUUGCAACGACUGCAUAUGUUGUCUGUCUGGUGGGGAUCAUUUUGAUGUACAUUUGGUAUGCACCAAAGCCAUCUUGCCUCCUCAACAUUUUCUUCAUUACUUGGACGCUAGUACUUCUCCAACUUAUGACAAGCGUGUCUCUGCACCCAAAAGUUGAUGCUGGCAUUCUAACUCCAGGGCUGAUGGGGCUUUAUGUUGUCUUCCUUUGCUGGUGCGCUAUAAGAAGUGAACCUGCUGGAGAAAACUGCAUCAGGAAGUCAGAUUCUGCAAACAAAACAGAUUGGCUAAGCAUCAUUAGCUUUGUUGUUGGAAUACUGGCAAUCGUUAUUGCGACAUUUUCAACAGGCAUAGACUCCAAAUGCUUCCAGUUCAGGAAGGAUGAUACACCACCAGCAGAGGAUGAUGUACCUUAUGGUUAUGGCUUCUUCCAUUUUGUUUUUGCCACAGGAGCAAUGUACUUUGCUAUGCUAUUGAUCGGAUGGAAUACUCAUCGUCCUAUGAGAAAAUGGACAAUUGAUGUGGGUUGGACUAGCACCUGGGUCAGAAUAGUAAAUGAAUGGUUGGCGGUCUGCGUAUAUUUGUGGAUCCUGAUAGCUCCAAUCAUAUGGAAUAGCAGACAUACAGAUUCUACUUGAGAACGUCCGAAACAUAAACCAUUCUAGUUUUUUUUUUCGACGAUCAAGAUCUUCAGAUAGACCCAUAUCUCAGCUGUAAAUCCAGCUUUGCAGAUAGGAAAAAGAAUUGCAAUUG